GUACUCAUAAAUCGGGAAAUGAUUAUAAUUAUCAAAUCUGUGAUUUGCAUGAUUGCAAAUGCCAAUAUACCUCAGCUGCGACCCCAAAUUGUUAUCUUCUUCAUCCUUGCCAAUGUGGUGGAUGUAUAACUCAUAUUACGCCUUCGGUGACAUUUUCGGUAAAUUUUCCAAAAAUACAAAAAUAUCUGAAAUUUAUUCAAAAUAUU